CAAUUCUCGACGUUGUGAUCUUCCACUGUUACUUAGUUGUAAUCACUCGUCUCCCGCGCAUUAGUCAAACCUGAAAACCAAAAGAAGAAGAUGGGCGGAAAAGCGAAACGUCGGAAGCCGCGCAGCAAGCACAUGCGUGAGCAUUUGGAAGUCCAGAAAAGCGAAGUAGUGCUUCCGUUGGAACAAUCGCCAGCUUCUGGCGAUCUUUCCGGUCGUCCUGUGGAGCGGUUACAAAACAACCUAUGGAACAGCUUCGAAAAUGUUCUACACUUCGACUCUGCGGAUACGCGACACCAGUUCCGAGACCUGUGCAUCAGACUCCAUCAAACCAAGAAGCAAGCUUAUUGGAAAGCUAGGGAAGCGAAGCCUGCUAACGUGUUUGAGCGUUUAGCGGAUCAGAUAUUCGAUUUUUACUGUCCUGCUCAGGAAUUAUCGGAAGAUGAAGGUGCAGAUGGAGUAGAUCAUGUAAGAGCAAGCGGUAAAAAAAGCAUCAACAGUUCUCCUGGUGCUCCUGCAGGUGCAGACGAGGAGUCGUGCGUCAAGAGCAAGAGAACCCGUGGCGGCGCAGAAUGGUGGGUUCAAGUGAGGGAGAUGGGCAGUAGGUCCAGAUUAUAUGCCGGUGAACAGAAUGAUGACAUGUCGUUAGGGUUCCAUUGGGAUCUAGAUUAUGAAAACGGAACUUGCCCAAAGUUCGGCACUGUCACUUACCUCGACGACAUCGGAGCGCCAACAGUUGCCCUAGAAUUGGGAAGGGCAGAACCAGAAGCUGUAGAAGCCAAGAGAAAGUUGGGAAAACGAAAACCUUCAGCGCAGAAAAAUUCGCAACAUUCAUGGAGCGUUCCAUCUGCAGCGGUGAGUCAUCCUGUACUGGGGAAACAUUUCGUUUUCAGAGGUGAUCUAUUACACGGUGUGCCAAUCGAAUAUGCAAGACGAAGGGAAGACGGGUUCGUAGUUCAUGGUGGAGGAGCUGGAGGGGGAGACAAAGUAGAAGAAGAUCAAGUACUAGAUGAAGAACAAAAUGACGAACCCAAAGCUAAAAGAGCCAAAAAAUGCGGUGUGGUGUCUUCAGACAAUACGAAGGAUGCAGCAUCUACCUCAUAUUUUUCUACCCCUUCUACUUUUACAAAGAGAGCUUGUUCUACGAGUACGACGCGGGUUACCUUUUUAGUGAACAUUUGGCCGGAUUCUGAAGGAAUUGGUGGCAUUCGUAGUUUCGCAGACUCAAAACAAGAAUUAGAGCAGGAACCAAAUGGAUCAUUACUUCUACAAGAGCUCCUUGCUGAAACUACGAGCAGUACGUCCUCUACUACUCGGAAGAAGUCCUCGAGUUCUUGCUCCACCUUAGAUGAGAAGAAAGUAUGGUUUCGAUUUCCCGGAGCCAGAAGUGAAGAUAGCACCACGACAGGUGGAGCAGGUACAACUACUUCAGUACUAGUUGAAAAAGAUGAACCUCUCCCAGUGCACGCAAGCAAUCGCAACACUGUGGUCUGUGGUCUAUCCUUCGACAAUGGGGAAGCAGAGCAGUACCAAUUGUGGCUACCUAUUGUCGAAGAAGCCACAACUACGACAACGACUACUGCUUGUUCUAGUAUAAGGAACAGAAGUAGAAGUAAGAAGAUGAAAAGCACAUCUUCAAGAGACAACGCGAGUAUGCAGGACAAGGAUGCCGAAAACCCUAGUCGUCCUAGUGGCAGUCAUUCGUCUUCCAAAUCCGAAGCCGCUUCUUCUUCCAUUAUUCUUUUCCAAGGUGGAAAUCAAGCACCUUGUAAAGUUGUACGACACCUCUGAUUAUCAACAUUGAUAGAUGCUGGAGGUGGAGGCCGUGUUAGUUUUAUUACACCCCAAUUAGUUGACUGUUGUAUUGAUACUUUUUACUAAGGUUUUUUUUUACAAAGAGAACCCUUUUAUCCUUAUCUCAACGCCAGACUUUGAAGGAGCAAACGUAGGAUACUUUCACGGUGAGAAGGUUCGAUGAAGGGUGAUUCUUGGUCCGGCUCAGAAAGAAAGUGCAUAUGGAUUACCCACCGGAC